UCAGUUGCUCCCUACUAUGAUAAAUAAUUCCAUGAAAAACAAAAUGUUUAAUUAGCAGAACAACAAAAUGAAGAGCUACGUUGUUUUUCUUCCCACUUUUCUUGUUCUUCUCUUACACCUGCUAAUUCCUGUUUUCUCAGUUAACGUUUCACCAAUUCCUGAGAAUCCAGCAAGUUUGCGAUCUUGGUCUGCCACAAAUAUAAUCCCGUUUGAGGUCCGUAAGAAUGACAUAGGAGGACUUGAACAACGUUUGGUGGACGCAGAGAGCCAGGUGUUAGUUAUCCUCGUACGUCAAGACGGAUUGGGGCAAUUCAAGACUAUUACUGAAGCUAUAGAUAGUAUACCGUCGGGAAAUAAUAGACGUGUGAUUAUACGGAUAGGUCCUGGUGUUUACAAGGAGAAGAUAAAUGUUGAUCAGACGAAACCCUUUAUCACAUUUUUUGGAUCGAAAUAUCAAAUGCCGAAGCUUACAUUUCACGGCACUGCUUCUGAGUAUGGUACCGUAGAUAGUGCUUCCGUUAUCGUCUCGUCCGAUUACUUCAUGGCUGUCAAUAUCAUUUUUGAGAAUUCAUCACCAAUGCCUGAUGGAAUAAGAAAAGGAGCUCAAGCAGUAGCAAUGAGAAUUUCAGGUGACAGAGCUUCAUUCUAUAAUUGCAAGUUCAUUGGUUUCCAGGACACUCUAUGCGAUGAUAGGGGCAAUCAUUUUUUCAAGGACUGUUAUGUUGAAGGAACCGUGGAUUACAUCUUUGGUGAUGGCAAAUCACUCUACUUGAACACAGAGUUAAGAUCGGUGGCGCCUGACGUAGCAGUUAUAACAGCACAAGCAAGAACAGAAGAAAAAGACGAUAGCGGAUUUUCUUUUGUUCAUUGUUUAGUUUCAGGUCCUGGCAAUAGUAAGACAUAUUUGGGACGAGCAUGGAAACAAAGGGCAAAAGUUGUAUUCAUUUACUCAGACAUGGGAACUGUAGUUAAUUCCGAAGGAUGGAACGAUCGAGGAAACAUCGAAGCCGAUAAGACUGUAUUUUAUGGAGAAUACAAGUGCAAAGGUCCAGGAGCAAACCCAACAAGACGUGUAAAAUAUGUAAAGAUGUUAACAGAUGAAGAAGCAAAACCUUACUUGGACAUCAAUUACAUCAAUGGCUCUUAUUGGAUUCUUCCUCCUCCUAAGUUCAGAGGUUAUAAGAUGCUUAAACCUUAACA